CUUCUAGAGUUUUCCAGGAGGCCGUCUGCUGCCCUGUGGUGGGGAGGCACAAGAAGCCAGAGCGGAGGGGACCCUCAUCCCCUGGGCAGCCUGGGUGGCCAGGGCACAGCUACGUGUGCAGGACAAAAGAGAGCUUGGCCCGAGUGGGCACCCAGCCCGUCUUUGCCCACACACAUUCCUGCCCCACCAAAGCCUCCCCCGGGUACGGACAGGGGACGAGCACCACCCGGUCACACCCUUUCCUGCGGAGGGUGGGCUCCUGUUUCUCUGCCCAUGAGGUGUACAGGGUUUGGGAGUGGGAGGCCUGAGUGUUCCAUGGAAGCUUCCUCCCCACUGUGCCUGGGCACGGUGGUCCGGGCUGGUGGGUCACGAGUGAAGACCUUGCCAGAGGUGCCUGUGUCUCUGAAGAAAUAAACACGUAAGCUUAAAGAAUAAGCAACAAGAAUCUCCAAAGGGCCAGGGUCUGGCUUGAGCUCUUGCGGAGGGCCAUGUUGUUCCCACUGCCAGCACAAUGACCCUCUCCAUCCAGAGCUGACCGUCUCCUCCAGGCCCCCUGGGUGAGCCUCCCCUUGGAGCCCACGCCCAGCCCAGCAGAGCCGUAGGCCUUGGGGGCAGGCGGAAGGAGCCUGCCCAAGGUUCUGGGCCGGGCUGCAGGGAGGGCUCUGCUCCGUUUGCUCUGUGAUAACCAGUCUGCCCAGUGCUGCCCGUACCAGGAAGGCCCUGGUGCUUCCUCUCAGCCCCAGCACCCAGAGCCCACAGCAGGAGACAGAACACGCCAUGACCCAGCUGCUGUGGCCCUUCCUCUGCCAGGCACUGCUGGGCCUGGCAUGCCUAAGAGCCCUGGGGCUAGCUGUGGAGGUCAAGGUCCCCGCUGAGCCACUGAGCACACCGGUGGGCAGGACAGCUGAGCUAACCUGCAGCUACAGCACGUCCGUGGGAGACAGCUUCGCCCUGGAGUGGAGCUUCGCACCGCCCGGGACCCCCGUCUCUGCAGCCCAUCCGAUCCUGUAUUUCACCAAUGGCCAUCUGUACCCCACUGGCUCGAAGGCGAGGAGGGCCAGCCUGCUUCAGAACCCCCCCACUGGGGGGGUGGCCACCCUGACGCUGACCGACGUUCACCCUUCAGAUACCGGAACCUACCUCUGCCAAGUGAACAACCCACCCGAUUUCUACACCAAUGGGCUGGGGCUGAUCAACUUCACCGUGCUGGUGCCCCCCAGCACCCCCUUAUGCAGCCAGAGCGGGCUCUUCGCCGUGGGAGGCGCUGCGGCGCUGCGAUGCAGCUCAUCCGAGGGCGCGCCCAAGCCGCCGGUGUACAACUGGGUGCGCCUGGGGCCUUCUCCUACGCCCCCUCCUGGCAGCAUGGUUCAAGACCAGGCAUCUGGCCAGCUCACCCUCACCAAUCUCUCCCUGGCCUCCUCUGGCACGUACCGCUGUGUGGCCACCAACCAGAUGGGCACGGCCUCCUGUGAGCUGACCCUCUCUGUGUCCGGCCCCUCAAAAGGGCGAGUGGCGGGGGCUCUGAUCGGGGUGCUCCUGGGCGUGCUGUUGCUGUCAGUCGCUGCCUUCUGCCUGACAAGGUUCCAGAGAGAGAGGAGGAAGCCAGAGGAGACGUACGGGGGCAGUGACCUUUGGGAGGAUGCCAUGGCUCCCGGGACUCUCGGCACUUCGGCGAGGGCCGGUUCCAGUCACAGACUCCUGGAGAGGCCCCCUGCGGCCAGCACCCGCACCCAAGCUCCCGCUGGUGGCUGCCCUGGGACCGGGGCGGGGCCGCAGCCGGAGGACCGGGCGGGCCGCGGAGGCCUCGCCCUCCGGAGCCCCCAGGCGCUGGGGGUCUGCACGCGCGGGAGAGCUGCAGAGAGUGGAGGGGCGGCGGCAGGCAAGUGUGGGGUAGGAACGUCCUUUCCCAUCCGAGCCGGAGCCGGGAGCACCCGGCCCCCUGAAAGCCUUCUUCCUCUCUCUCCCCGUCCCGGACCCGAAGUUCUGGGCGCCGCCGGGGCGGAGCAGCAGACCGGGGAGCCGCUGGGGCCUGGGGGCGAGCGGGCGGGCCUGGCGACACCAAAGGCGCCCGGGCAGCGGCGGCCCGGCUGCAUGCUGGCGGGGGGCUGCGAGAGGCUGGAGAGGGACGUGGGGGGCUCGAGAGGGGACGGGCGAGCGGGACCACAAGAGACCGGAACCGAACGACUCCGACGGAGAGUGCCUGGGAAGGGGAGUCCUGGGGCGCGCGGGCUCCGAAAGCUGGCUGGCAGGGGGUCACGAACACGGCAGGGCAGUCUCGUCGCUGCGACAGGGACGCGGCAUCCAUCUGUCCUCAGGAACUGA